CGGACGGCUUCUAGCUCCAGCACAGCACUACACAUCUGUUGCCUCUCAGGUGCAAAGGCUACCCCCAAUCACGAUUUAUCACCGAAGAGCGUUAUCAUUGAAUUCGGACAGGCGUUGGUGCUGUCAUUUGACUGUUGUGCAUUUGGCCCGCCAUGUCUCAUUCUCAUUCAGCCCUGGGCAUCGCAGAAACUAUACAAGCAGCCUCCAUCAAACGUCAUCCUGACCCUGCACACGAUAUCAACCCAGCCACCGCUGCGUCGGCCAAAGAGCCCUACAAUGUCGCCCAUUCCGAUGACACCGCGAGUAUCCCUUCCGAUAUCGUGGACCCAGGUCGGGUGAUUCACCCAGUGCCGCGACGCGCAAACCUACCUCCGCUUCCAGACCUGAGGUUUGAACAAAGCUAUCUAGCCAGCAUAAAAAACGCCGAAUCAUGGAAACAAGUUACUUGGAUCACAGUUAGGGAUCAGGUCCUCUUUCCCCUGAUCCAAGGCACUGUCUGGACCCUCGCGCUCCUGGGAUGGCGGUUCUGGAACCGUAAUGCGCAAUUGCAGGGUACUAGCCUCGGUACAAGACUACGUAGGUGGUGGUACGAAGUGAAUAACUGGCCGAUUCAGAAUAUUAAGAGUGAUAAGAAACUUGCUCAACGAGUUGGGGAUUUUUACACCACCCAAAUCUCAAACGAACAAUAA